AGCACUUAGUAACAAGGCGCCAUUUUUAAAGGGAAAAAUUGUGGUGCUCACAUUAUUUACAGUGCUAGUGUUUAAAACGGCUAGAAUUUAGUUCCUUCGCGCGCUUCAAAUAGUGUUAGAGCUUAUCACAAAAUAUCAGCAUUCGAAUACUGGGAGUAAUUGCAGAAUACCACUCGGAAGUACUUGUAAAGUUGUAAGUUGUGCCAAAGAACAGAAGGAGAAAAUCCGAAACUUGACGAAAUGGCCUGGUCGGGAGGUUUUGGGAAUCAGGAAACGUGGCCAGAUGGAACCCGAAUCCAGAGCAAUUCUCUUGGCGCCGGUCAUGUGAAUAAUGGAGUUAUACAGUUGAAAGAUAUUUCACCGCAUGCUGCAAAUACUUUCAUUAUUGGAGUUGUGAUCGCCAAACAGCAGCCAAAGUCAAUACCAAGCAAAUCAGAUCCAUCAACAGAUCGUGGUUUGCUCAGCUUUACUUUGAGAGAUUCACCCAUGGAUUUCAUCAAUGGCACAUGCUGGGGUUCUGAGCUAUACAUACGUGACCUAGCCACAAAAUUCAAGAUUGGGGACAUUGUUGAGAUUCGAAAUCCUCAGAUCCAGAGCAAACAGAACACAGAGCAAGAAGAGCGCUACAGACCCUGGACUCCAAGCCAAUACCAACUAACUCUAAGUGAGAAGUAUUCCACACUGAGCCUGUAUGGAGGAUGGAAUGUGGAGAUUUACAAUCCUCUCCAGCAUAUCCCAAUCCGUGAGAGUGACAAUUACUACACGUUGGCUGAUGUGAUAGCAAAUGGACAAAGCUUACAUGGGGAACACAUUAAUGUCAUGGUACUUCUCAAAAAGAAUGGGAUCCCAAAGGACAUUGUUACAAAGACCGGUAAAAAGAUGCAACGAUGCGAAGUCAAAAUGUAUGAUGAGACCUGCCACUCCUUUUCACUUGUUCUAUGGGACACAGACAACAUAGAGCUUGUCCAACGUUGGAUUCCAAAUGAGACAGUUGUGUUUGCAACUGACAUCAUGGUGAAGUAUGAUAACUUCCGGUCAUGCAUGAUGGGAACGGUUGAUUCCAAGACAAUUUUCAUCACUAACCCAGACACACGUGAAGCACAUGCUCUGUUCAAGUUUGGCCAGUCACGUGAUCCAAAUGAGGACCAAUUAGAUGAGGACUCAAGCAGACCAGAUACUGAUUUGAGUAACAUCAAGGAGGUCUACAAAGUGGAUCAGAUCAAAUGUCUGGCUGCAGAAAGACCAGACGGCUCAAGUGGCGUUGAUUAUGGCAUCACCUAUGUCUUCCUGGCAGCGUUCGACAUUGACAACAGUUCAAAGAACUGUGUCUCUAUGAGAUGUUCAAGUUGCAAGCGCCGUGUCGACAGCACCAGCUUCACGUGCACCAACCCCAACUGCCCGUCCUCUGUCUCAGGUCAAACAGAGACGGUCAUGACCUUUGACAUCUUGACUGACCUCUCAGAUGCCACAGGCACACUGAGUGGAUGCUACCUGGGUGGAACCCAAGCUGAAGAAAUGUUGCAAUGCACGACUGAUGAAUUUCUGCACUACACAGAGCAACAGAAGACCGAUCUUAAGUGGAGGUUCCUGCUGGAAAGAUGCAAGCUGUACUUCAAGAUUUCCAGGUACGGAGUGAAUAGUUCUCGACGCAUUGUUCGCAUUCUCUCCUGCAGUCUUGCUGAUCCCACUGAGAUUCUGCCACAUCUCUAGACAGGAAUGGAUUGAGCAGCAAUGGUAGGUGGAACCAACUGCCAUUAAGUUUGUCUCCCCCUCCCCUUCAUCCCCCCACCC